AUGACCUCGAGUGUGACAAAAGAACUUAUGUCUGUUGACUCUGUUCCCCUCACGUCGAAAAAUCGUUUGACCGGCAUGUCCAACCCCUCAAGCAGCAAAGCAUCUCUCGUCGAGUUGAAGAACGGAAAGGUUCUGUUCAAGCAGAAGCCUCUCUCGUUCGAAAAACACUCGGAAACAUUGCAAGAGUUGGUGAAUUUCAGAGAAAUGAUCCAAGGGCUUAUAAACAACCAUGGAUCGGCUCUAGUCAAUAUCUCAGACGAAUAUAAGCCGCUUAUCGCGAAAUUAGUGCACGAGAGCGACAAGACCCUCUCCGCUCUAGCAAAGCACCUACACUCUCAACUUCUUCCCCCAGACGAUGAUGGUGAUGAAGGCGACGCGCAUUCGCGUGCUCUUCUACUCCCUUCAUCUAUCAUAGAGGUUGCGAUCCAGACAGUAGCGCAACGCAAUAAUUAUGGAAUAGAAACUGAUCUAGGAGUCAAAGCUCCAGCCUCGACUUGUGUUUGGCGUUGGGAAGUGAGGGAGUCGUAUCGACACUGGUUACCUAAAAAUGCACAGGAGAAAGCGUCGAAUCGAUUAGCAGAGAGGGUCAAGGCGAAGAACGAUCUGAUGAUAAUCUUCAGAGCUAUACCGGAGGAAGAACAACGUAGCAUUCUUCAUCUUAAAGCUAACAUCAAAGUUCAAAAUAAUGACAAGGGUAAAGCCGUUGUUAUUCCGACAACAAUGCAAAGCCCGGGACAAGCCUCUAGCAGUACUCAUAGCCUAGACCCACCCGAGGCUAACGGGACAGAGAACGGGGAUAUCAAGGUAAAGGUCGGUAGGCCAAAAAAGGAUGCAGAGAAGGCGAAGAAGGAAAAGGAUGCUCAAAAAUCUCUCAUGAGUAGUUUCUUCACCAAAUCCAAGUUCAACCUCAAGACAUCAUCCAGUAAAGUAUCUGUAUCAGCUAUCGCUGGACCUUCGACUAGCUGUUCGGACUUUGACAAGACCUUUAAGCCCUUUACACUGAAGAAAGGUGCUCACUUGGCUCCAAUAAAUGCGUUCCUCGAACGCAAACCGACCGCAGGAACACGCGACGAUGUCAUUAUCGUAGACGAAGAUGCGAGCCCUCCGGUUGCAUCGACAAACGCCGAUGCCGUCAAUACGAGUGCCCGAGAACGUCUAUCUCAUAUUCUUUCAGCGUUACCGCCACCCGUUUCAAAGACGUGGAAGCGUCCACCCAAAUCAGCAACACAUGGAAUGAAGACCUACUGCCCAGUUUCCGUGCGAGAUCUCAUGAAACAACUCUCGGAAGUAGAAGUCUUUGGAGAUACGUCGUCUGUGCGAAAGAUACACAACAAGCUUUCCGAUCGCAUCCUUAUUCCUGGCAAGGUAUUCAUCUUUGAUGAGGAUUCACGACCAGGAUACUACGGUACUUGGACUAGAAGCUCCCGAUUGAUAGGAGCUCGGACUCCAUUUGCGAAAGACGUCCUGGAACUCGAUUAUGGAUAUGACAGUGGCGAGGACUGGGAGGAAGAGCCAGCGGGUGAUGUCGAUGAUGUUAUGGAUGAUGCUGAAGAUGAUGCGGCUACUGAGGACCAAGACUCGGAUAUUGACGAUUGGCUCGUAGAAGACGACGAAGUUGAAGAGGACAUUCCUGCUGAUGAGCGCGCAGGCUCGCCAAUAUUCAAUCCAUUGCCGAAACGCAGGGCCGAUGAUGCUCCUCCCCAAACCGUCAAAAAGCGCAAGGUUGUUGUCCCGCUUGUCCCUUUUGCGAAAGGUCCGUGCUGGGAAAAUUCCAUCGGCCAAAAUGAAAGCAUGUUCGACCCAUUCCGCAUUCGUCUUCUUAACGACACUCCUUUUCCCAUCGAUCCUUUUACUUUCGUUUCUUUCGCAGCGGAGGAACAAAAAUCAGUCAGAGCAUCCGAGAAAGGUUUUGCCGUUCCUGCAUUACCAAAUCACAUUGUCCAGGCUAGCACAGCGAAGGGAUCUGAUACUGGAUCUUCGCCAGCACCCGUCGUUGCUCCAUCAGGACCAAAGAAGCCCGCAUUCACUCCCAAGACAGCUUUCCCCGAUGAACACCUACCCAUACUGCUGUCUAAGAUCAACACUGCUCAGGCUGCUAACCUGACGGUACUCGUUGAGGCAGUCUCACAGGAGCUACGGGAACACAAAGUGAAGAAGAAUGCAAUUGAAGCUAAGAUUCGGGAGGUAGGGGAGAAAUGUAAGGUCCGGAAGUUUUGGGUGGUAAAGGAAAAUCAUCCUGUGGGUAUUGCUUGA